AUGGCUAAAAGAAUGUCUGAUGUCUUUAAUAUUUUUAAAAACGAGAAUUAGUUGUUACCAAUUCCUCGUCAACUACAACACUGGAAUCUGAAACGAAUAUUUAAAUAUUGGUUUGGACAUUGAUUAGACUUAGUGACACUGGACGGAAUUGCCGUUAUCGAAAUAUAGAGUCUGUUAAAAACCGUUAUAAAGCAAUUAUUCAAGCUUUAGAAGAAGAAAUUGAAAACGAAGACGACAGUGGAGUAAAUGAAGCAACCGGUAUAAUAUAAUAAGUAAUAAUUAAUGAUUCAAAGUAUUCAAAUUCCAAUAUGUUUGUUUUAGGUAUAUUAACAAUUUAUUUAUCUUGCAUAAAGUAUUAAUUAAUAUUAAUAUUGCCUCAAACAAAUUUCAAGAAAAAAAUGCAACAUUAGGUGAAUCUAAAAAUAUCAUUGAAGGUGUGAUGAUGACUUUUAAAAAUUCUAGAACAGCAGUGUAUUUUUCUAAGCUUUGGUGCGUAAUAGAAAUCUUUGCAAAAGACUAUGAAAUAUCAAUACAAACGCCAUCUUAA